AUGCCUCCCCCAACAAGGCAAUUCCACCGCCUCUCUAUCGGCCAGAUGCCAGCGCGGGACUCUAGGUCCGCCCGCGCGGGGCGGGCGGACCCUUCCGGUGAGAGACUUCGUGAGGAUAAGGGUGAUACUUCGCCAGAGGAGAGUGAGGAGGAAGAGGACAGUGAACAGAGCAGUGACGAAGAAGAAGAUGAGUCUGAGGAUGAGUCUGCUGCUGCAGGCAUUUCGACUAUCUCGGCCCAUUCGGGAAUUACCUAUGACCUCAGCCAUCUAGAUACCCAAUCCGAGGCUCACGCCUUGGUGGGUUUGGGAGAACAAAUCGACGUCCUCAAUGCCCGCUCGUCAUCUACUGGAUAUGACUUUGAGCUUGUGGAUAGACCUCGAGUUCAUGUUGGCAAGGAUUCUACCACUUGUACCUGCUCGGCUUUUCAAGAAAGACCCGAAGCAGCUUGCCACCACAUAUUUUGGGUUCUUGACCAACUCCACGGUUGUUUCCCCUCCAAUCCGCAACCGCCCUCCGACGAAGGUGUAGCUCUGUCUCCCGACGGUCGACCACAGGUCGGGGCACGCAUUGAGGAUCUCCUAGAAGGCCAACUGGAAGCCGUCACAGGCCGUUUGGAUUGGCAGUAUAUGCGAAUUGACGGCGACGGCAGACGAACCGGCAUGACACGCGCAGAGAAACUCCGAGACAUACUCUCAGCCUUCAACUCGAACAUUCUAACAGAGAGUUUUCGCCAAGAUCUCGUUGAGAAAACGACACACGCGCGCACCGCCGAGCAGUGCGUCGUACAGGGGGAUGUGGAGGCAACAAUCUUCCGCCUAGCCAUGCUGAACGACGGCCUAUUCAUCGACCUCUGUAAAGCCCAGCCCGCCCAAGCCUGUGCAUCGAUCUACUUUGACAAAAUCCAAGAACAUUGCCGGCGCCUCCUGCGCGAUUUCGACCGAUACUGCGCGACGGGCGAGCGGCCGACGGAUCCCGGGAGUCCUGGUAGCAGUAUGGUAGAGGUGGACGAGGUAGUUGCGCAGUUGCGUAAAUUGGUGCAGCAUGUUCGGAUGAAUAUUGCGCUGCGCUCGCCGCAUGGUUCGGAGGGUGCUGCGAAAGCACUUGUUUCGAUUCUUGAAGCGGUGACGGCUCGCAAUAAGGAUCCUCUGGAUGGAAAUAAUUGGGGCCGCUCGUCUUUUCACGGCGAGGAUGAGGAUCAGCGGAAUUUGUACCAUUUGCUGAUCGGGUCGGAGGAUUCGGAUAUCAAUUCUGAUGAGGAGCUUUUCGUCAUUGAUGCGCUGGAAAGUCUCGCCCCGUCUGAUCUGUAUCAGUUCAUAAACCAGCUGCAGCCUAUUCGGCAGCGAAUGGAGGUGAAUCGUGCGCCUAAGGCGUUCCUUCUUCGGUUGGGAGCUUUGGUUCGAAAGGCUCAGUCGGCUGGUGCUGAGAUUGCCUCUGGAUCUGGACAAAAACGGCCAGCAUGUGGCUACCCCAGGUUCUAG